AUGCUUCAGCCCGACCUGUUCAUGAUACCGCAAGAGCUACCGUUGACCUUGAGCUAUCGAUGGCCUGAAAGAAGAAACAGGAUGCAGAUAUCUGUUUUCUUGAUUGUUGGCUUAUGCUUUGUGUUGGUUGGACAUGGAAUUCAAGUCUCCCCUAAGCAGCCUUACCGGAGUACCUUCCAUUUCCAACCUGCCAAAAAUUGGAUGAGCGGACCAAUGUAUCUCAGUGGUAUUUACCAUCUGUUCUAUCAAGCCAACCCUUAUUCUGUAAUUAAGGGUAACAUGACUUGGGGUCAUUCAGUUUCAUAUGAUCUUGUUAAUUGGAUUCAUCUAGAACCUGCACUCUAUAGGGGUGACCCUUAUGAUCCCCAUGGUUGUUGGUCCGGUUCAAUCACGUUCCUAUAUGAGGAAAACCCCGUCAUUCUAUACACUGGAGUUGAUAAUGAAGGUAUUCAGACUCAAAACUUGGCAUGGCCUAAGAACCUAUCUGACCCACUUCUUCGAGAAUGGGUGAAAUCAACUCAGAAUCCUCUCAUGAGCCCCAUUGAUGAUACUGAUCCAAAGUAUUUUAGAGAUCCAACAACUGCCUGGAAAGGUCCUGAUGGGAAAUGGAGGGUUUUAGUGGGUAACCAGAUGAAUGGUCACGGGCUGGCAUUGUUGUACACAAGCAAAGAUUUUGUAAGAUGGACUAGGAGCAUGAAUCCUUUUCACUCAUCCAACAAUACUUUGAUGUGGGAGUGUCCUGAUUUUUACCCGGUGAGUAUCAAUGGCAAGUAUGGAGUUGACACCUCUUCACAGGAAAAAUUCACCAAACACGUCCUCAAGGCAAGCAUCAAUCUCAUCUUUCAUGAUUACUACAUGCUGGGAAACUAUUCUUCGGAAACAGAUCAUUUCUCAGCUGAUACAGAUUUCAAAGGUGAUGCUUCUGAUUUGCGGUAUGAUUAUGGGAAAUUUUAUGCUUCCAAGACGUUUUUUGACAGUUCUAAGAAGAGACGAAUAUUGUGGGGAUGGGUAAAUGAGUCUGACAGUCAAUCAGAUGACCUCGAGAAAGGUUGGUCUGGCCUUCAGGCAAUUCCUAGAAGUAUUCUGCUAAGUAAAAAUGAGAAGCAGUUGAUUCAAUGGCCAAUCAAGGAAAUAGAGAAACUGCGGAAAAAGAAGGUGAGCUUCGAAGAGAAGGAGCUUAAGGGUGGAUCAGUGCUAAAAGUUCCUGACAUUACAGCUUCACAGGCGGAUGUGGAAGUUUCAUUUGAUUUGCCGAGUUUAACAGAGGCUGAACUGAUGGAUACAAGCUGGAUUGAUCCUCAACUGCUCUGCAGCCAAAAUACAGCAUCUGUUAGAGGCAGAGUUGGGCCAUUCGGGUUACUGGUCUUAGCUUCCAAGGGAUUGAAGGAGCAGACAGCAGUCUUCUUUCGCAUCUUCAGAAGCAACAAUGAUAAAUAUGUUGUGCUCAUGUGUAGUGAUCAAAGCAGGUCAUCUUUGAGGGAAGAGCUUGACAAAACCACAUAUGGGGCUUUUAUUGACAUAGAUCCUAUCCAUGAGAAGAUUUCACUAAGAACUUUGAUUGAUCAUUCAAUCAUCGAGAGCUUUGGUGGGGAAGGCAGAAGUUGCAUCACUGCUAGGGUUUAUCCAGAGUUGGCUAUUGGUGAUGAAGCAGAGCUGUUUGCAUUCAACAAUGGCACUCUGGAUGUGAACGUCUCAAGGCUCAAUGCUUGGAGCAUGAGGAAGGCUCAGCUGGUUUCUCCUAAUAACAGAAGGAAGCCAAAAAUUUAAUUGAAGCAAAAAUAAACAUAGGAAGCCAGUGCAUUAUUUUGACAAUGCCUAAAGAAUUUCAACAAAAUUAUUUCUAAAUUUGUUUUCUUCUUCUUCUUUUUUUCGCUUCUACCCUUGCUUUAGUAACAUUUUAAUCUUCCUGCAGACCAAUUAAAAAAUACUCUAGAUACGAAAAAUUACUUGUAGUUCUUCAUUUGGUUCUAGAUUUUUUGGUUCCUUUUCCAUGUAAGAAGUUCUUCCCUUUUUGGUUUCUUGGGUGGGGGGGUUUUGUUGCCUUUUUGGUUUCUGUAUUGGUUUGGAGCUUCUUUUCUUGCUUUGGAGGGUCAGAGGAGGUGCAAAAGACUGGAAAAAGGAGGAGGUGAGACUGCUUUGUUCUUUUUGAGGUGGCUAAUUUGUUUAAGCUUAUAAAGUUUAAGGGCCAAU